AUGCGGUGGACGAAGAUGAAUCUACCGUCGGUCGUUUUCGGGGUUCUCUGCUUCCUGGACGUGUUCAGGUCCUCCUACGCGUGGGACAACGACGACCUGGAGGUGUUCGACGUGGUCGAGGAGGUCAAUCAAAAUUUUUACGAUGUGCUGGGUGUCACGCAGUCCGCGAACGCCUCGGAAAUCAAGAAGGCUUUCAGGCGUCUGUCGUUGCAAUUGCAUCCGGACAAGAACUCGGCGGAGGAUGCGGAACUGCAAUUUAGAACGUUAGUCGCUGUUUAUGACAUUUUGAAAGAUCCCGGGAAACGGCAAAAGUAUGAUAACGUGCUCGUUAACGGGCUGCCGAAUUGGCGGUCGGCGGUAUAUUACUAUCGUCAUGCCCGAAAAAUGGGAUUAUUGGAGUUGAUUGCUUUCUUGUUCAUAGUCAUCACGAUAGGGCAAUACUUCGUAGCUUGGGCGGUGUAUAUUGAAAAACGAUAUACUUGCGAACAAGUUUUAGGUAGUAAACUUCAAAAGAUGCAAAAGAAGAAUAGAAAGAGUAAAAUAGAUAUUCCAGACUUAGCCGACUUUUUAGAAAAGAUUCCUACUCCAACUAUAUGGGACACUCUUCCAAUUCAGUUACCAAAGUGGAUAAUAGGUUCCGUGAUAGCUAUACCUUCCACUAUUUGUCUCGUCAUUCAACUCCUAAAAGAAAGGAAAGAGAAGAAAAAGCAAGAGGAAGAGGAGGCGUUAGCGCAAGAAAACGAACAGCCUGAACCGGAAGUAACGUCGCGCGGCGUUAGGAAACGCAGGCCUGGCUUUACUCCGCAAGAAAGAAGCGGUAAUAAUUCUAAGGAAACCGUUAAAAAAGAGGAGUGCGAUUAUACGAAUCACAUCUAUGAGAAGCCAACGGUGGCUGGUGGCUUAUGGACUGAUAACGAUAUAUUAGAACUGAUAAAAUAUGUGAAGAAGUAUCCCGGUGGAACUCCAGAACGGUGGGAGAAAAUCGCAAACGUUAUGAAUCGUACCGUCGCGGAAGUUACGCACAUGGCUAAGAAGGUGAAAGAGGAAGGUUUGAAGCCUGCUGAAUCAGUGGAAGAAGCUUCCGCGGAAGAAAAACCGAAGAAGGUUAAGACUCGUAGUGAAAAUACAGUCAGCACUGCUGAGUGGAGUCAGGAACAGCAAAGAGCACUGGAAGCGGCCCUGACGAAAUAUCCCAAAGGUGCAUCUGUAGAUAGAUGGGAAAAAAUUGCAAAUUGCGUCGAGGGAAAGACAAAGGAAGAAUGCCAGGUGCGCUAUAAACAAUUGGUGGAAAUAGUGAAAAAAAAGCAACAAUCUCAAUAGUUCAAUUUGUAUAAAAUCCUGUUUUCCCGAAAAUGUAUUUUGUACCAUCGAGCCAAGAAAUAGUAUUACUGAAUAAUAUCAUAAGUGCGGAAGCGAACUUCAAAAGUGAUAUUUCCUGGUUACACAAAAUAUCAAUGCGUCUCUUUUGAAAGAUUAUAAAUGUCUUAUAAAUUCUUUUAUACAAAUGUUGUGUCAACCGUUACAUGUAAUACGAAUAUGCGUCCGUGGACAAACUCGGUUAUUAUAAGUCAGAGAUAAAUCUAAGAGAAGGAAAGAAUAAGUUAAAUAAGAAAAUCUUUCCUAUGUCAUCUUAUUAAAUGUUAUUGAAAAUGUAUUUAUUUAAUAAAUUUAAUAAUUAAUCAAGAGGGGGAAGACUGAAAAGCGCAUAAUCUUAAACUAAUGCCCUCUUCUCUAAAAAGACUGAUUACUUAAUGUAUCAUACCUUAUCGAAGUAGAUUUUUGAUAAACGUUGAAAAGAGUAUCGAAAAUCCAAUGUGACGUGAACGAAUAUGAUUAUAUAUUUACAAUGUUUACAAGUAUGUACACCAUAAAGACCUGUAAAUAAUCCUCUUUAUAACUGCAUUCUUGUACAUAAUUCAAUGAUCGCAUUACAUUUCUCUAGUUUCAUCGUUACACCAUAAUAAAAUCAAUUCAAUAUCUUCGCGA